UCGGCGGCGAUCAGACGGAGGCUGCGGUGGGCGGCGGGGCUGGGUCCCGGGUUCGAGUUACUGUCCCCAGGAUGGGGUGAGUGUGGAGAAGGGCCUGGGAAGUGUGCCCCCCAGAGGUCAUCAGGAAGGAUGCGGCCGGCGGGAGGCGCGGGACUGGCAGCGCUUGGCCGGAGAUGAAUAAAAGCACCCGCUGCCUCGGGACUGGCCGAUGCCUGAUGAGGAAACAGGCUUAGAGAAAGGAGCUGAUUCCUGACAAAUUUGACAUGAUGCUAUUACAACAUUCUCCUCUUCCCAUCACUGUUUGUCUUAAAUCAGUAACAUUGGUGGAAUCAGUGGAAUCACUGACAGCGCCUCCCUGGAGAUACCGGAGACCUCAGGAGGCCUGGGCCCUGAGCCUGGCUUUUGAAAAGUCCUGGAGCUGGGCUGGAGGCCUGUAUCAAGCCAAGCCAGCUGUCAAGAGCAUGCCUCUAUGCCACUGGAGGGCCACUGCCAGGUGCAGCAAGCCUGAUGGCGAUGGAGCUCAGCUCAUGGCCACCAGAGGAGUCCUGAAGGUGCUACUGCACUGGGCUGGCCCUGACGGCGGAGAGCCCUGGGUCACCUUCAGCGAGGCCACACUGACUGCGGAGGAGGUCUGCAUUCAUAUCGCACAGAAAGUCGGCAUCACUCCAUCCUGCCUCAAUCUCUUUGCCCUCUUCGAUGCCCAGGCCCAGGUCUGGCUGUCCCCAAACCACAUCUUGGAGGUCUCCAGAGACGCAAGCCUGACGCUGCAUUUCCGCAUGAGGUUUUAUUUCCGGAACUGGCACGGCACGAAUCCUCAGGAGCCAGCUGUGUACCGCUGUGGGCCCCCAGGGGCCAAGGCUUCAUCGGAUCAGGCAGAGCAAGGGGUGCAACUCCUGGACCCAGCCUCCUUUGAGUACCUCUUUGAGCAGGGCAAGCAUGAGUUUGUGAAUGAUGUAGCAUCGCUGUGGGAGCUGUCAAGUGAGGAGGAGAUCCACCACUUUAAGAAUGAGAGCCUGGGCAUGGCCUUUCUGCACCUCUGCCACCUCUCUCUCCGCCUCAGUGUUCCCCUGGAGAAGGUGACCAAGAAGAUCAGCUUCAAGGACUGCAUCCCACGCUCCUUCCGGGAGCAAAUCCAGCAACACAACGCCUUCACACGGCUGCGCCUGUGGAUCAUCUUCCACAGGUUCCUGCGGGCCUUCCAGCCAGGCCACCUCUCCCAGCAGGUCAUCAUGGUCAAGUACCUGGCCACACUUGAGCGGCUGGCGCCCCGCUUCGGCACAGAGCGUGUGCCUGUAUGCCACCUAGAGCUGCUGGCCCAGGCUGAGGGGGAGCCCUGCUACAUCCGGGACAGCAGGCAGGCCCCUUUGAACCCUGGGCCCGAGUCUGCUGCAGGACCCCCGACUCACGAGGUGCUGGUGACCGGCACUGGUGGCAUCCAGUGGCGGCCAGUACAGGCAGAGGGUCCCAGUGGUGGUGACGGUGGCAGGAGCAGGAAUCCCCAUGCUCGCUCACUUGGGAAGAAAGCCAAGGCCCAAGAGUUGGGCAACCAACCAAUGGACAGGCUGCGCGAGGUGCCGUGGGCCUACUUCUGUGACUUCCAGGACAUUACCCAUGUGGUGCUGAGAGAAUGCCAUGUCAGCAUCCACUGUCAAGACAACAAGUGCCUGGAGCUGACUCUGCCUUCCCGGGCCAAGGCCCUGUCCUUGGUGUCACUGGUGGAUGGCUAUUUCCGCCUGACAGCCGACUCGAGCCACUACCUAUGCCACGAAGUGGCUCCUCCACGGCUAGUGAUGAGUAUCCAGGACGGUGUUCACGGACCUCUGCUGGAGCCAUUUGUGCUGGCUAAGCUGCGGCCGGAGGAUGGCCUCUAUCUCAUCCACUGGAGCACCAGCCACUUCAACCGCCUCAUCCUCACGGUGGCCCAGAGGGACCAGGAACAUGGCACGCAGGGCUUGCGCCUGCGGAAAUUCCCCAUUGAGCUGCAUACGGGGGCCUUCACACUGGAGAGCUGGGACCGGUCCUUCCCCAGUGUGCGGGAGCUUCGGGCAGCCCUGCAGGGCUGCUUACUACGGGCCGGAGAUGACUGCUUCUCCUUGCGCCACUGUUGCCUGCCGCAGCCAGGAGAGAUCUCCAACCUCAUCAUCAUGCGGGGGCCUCAGGCCAGCACCAGGCCUCUCAACCUCAGCCAGCUCAGCUUCCACCGGGUCUGCCAGGAUGACAUCACCCAGCUGUCCCACUUGGGCCAGGGCACGAGGACCAACGUGUAUGAGGGCCGCUUGCGAAUAGGGGGCAGAGGCCCUGAGGAGGACAAGGCAGAUGGUGGGGACACCCCCAUGCCCAGUGAGGGCCAUGGGCAGGAGCUACGAGUGGUGCUGAAGGUGCUAGACUCCAGUCACCAUGACAUCGCCCUGGCCUUCUAUGAGACAGCCAGCCUGAUGAGCCAGGUGUCCCACGUGCACCUGGCCUUCGUCCAUGGCGUCUGUGUGCACGGCUCCAAGAACAUCAUGGUGACAGAGUACGUGGAGCAUGGACCUCUAGACAUGUGGCUGCGGCGGGAGAGGGGCUGCGUGCCUGUGGCCUGGAAGGUGGCAGUAGCCCAGCAGCUGGCCAGUGCCCUUAGCUACCUGGAAGACAAGAGACUGGUUCAUGGUAACGUGUGUGGCCGGAACAUCCUGCUGGCACGUCUGGGGUUGGCAGAGGGUACCAGCCCAUUCAUCAAGCUGAGUGACCCCGGCGUGGGCCUGGGCGCCCUCUCCAGGGAGGAGCGGGUAGAGCGGAUCCCCUGGAUGGCCCCUGAGUGCCUCUCCGGCGGAGCCAACAGCCUAACCACCGCUGCUGACAAGUGGGGCUUUGGUGCCAGCCUCCUGGAGAUCUGCUUCAACGGGGAGGCUCCUCUGCAGUGUCGCAGCCCCUCUGAGAAAGAGCACUUCUACCACAAGCAGCACCAGCUGCCUGAACCCUCGUGCCCUGAGCUGGCCAUGCUUACCAGCCAGUGCCUGACCUAUGAGCCUGCCCAGCGGCCAUCUUUCCGCACCAUCCUGCGUGACCUCACUCGGCUGCAGCCCCAAAAUCUUGUUGAUGUCUUGGCUGUGAACCCAGACUUGCAGGCGGCAGACCCCACUGUUUUCCACAAGCGCUAUUUGAAAAAGAUUCGGGAUCUGGGCGAGGGUCACUUCGGCAAGGUCAGCCUAUACUGUUACGACCCGACCAACGACGGCACUGGCGAGAUGGUGGCAGUGAAGGCCCUCAAAGCAGACUGCGGCCCUCAGCUCCGCACUGGCUGGAGGCGGGAGAUCGACAUCCUGCGUACGCUCUACCAUGAGCACAUUGUCCAGUACAAAGGCUGCUGCGAGGACCAAGGCGAAAAAUCAGUACAGCUCGUCAUGGAGUACGUACCCCUGGGCAGCCUACGAGACUACCUGCCCCGGCACAGCGUUGGGCUGGCCCAGCUGCUGCUGUUCGCCCAGCAGAUCUGCGAGGUGGGCCGGUCAGCCCCUGCUCGCAGAACCUGCCCCUCGUCUUUGGCUUGGCCUGUGUGUCCCAUCCCUUUGCUUGGUCGACCCCGCCCCUGGGCUAACUUUCCAAAGUAUGCCCCAGAGUGCCUGAAGGAGUGUAAGUUCUACUAUGCAUCUGACGUCUGGUCCUUUGGGGUUACCAUGUAUGAACUGCUUACCUAUUGUGACUCCAGCCAAAGCCCCCCCUCGAAAUUCCUCGAGCUCAUAGGCCUCACCCAGGGGCAGAUGGCAGUACUGAGGCUCACUGAGCUGCUGGAACGAGGGGAGAGGCUGCCUCGGCCAGAGAAAUGUCCCUGUGAGAUCUAUCUCCUCAUGAAGAACUGCUGGAAGGCAGAGGCCUCAAUCCGCCCAACUUUCCAGAACCUCAUACCCAUCCUGAAAACAUUGCACGAGAAAUACCAGGGCCAGGCCCCCUCUGUGUUCAGUGUCUGCUGAAGCCCGCCAGUGGCUGUGCUUCAGGGGAUCGGAGCAGGCAGUACCUACAGAGAGGGCCUCCCACUCUUACCCCAACAGGGGGAAGUUGGCCUCACCCACUCCUUGUGCCUUACUCCUGCCCUGAGACCCCACCUUUGUGACCUGACUUUCCUUGUCUUCGUCCAUUCGUGCUGCUAUAACAAUACCGCUGACUGGGUGACUUAUAAACAACAGGAAUUUAUUUCCCACAGCUCUGGAGGCUGUGAAGCACAAGAUCAAGGUGCCAGCAUGGUCACAUUUGGGUGGAGGCCCUCUUCCUGGUUCAUAGCCUAUUCCUUCUCACUGUGUCCUCACAAGGGGGAAGGUAGUGAGGGAUCUUUCUGGGGCCUCUUUCAUAGGGGCACUAAUUCCAUUCAUGAGGGACCUAAGUACCUCCCAAAGGCCCACCUCCUAAUAUCAUCACAUUGACUGCCAGUUUCACCCUUUCUUCCCUGUGUGACCUCAGGCAAGUGACUUUCUGUCUCUGGGCUGCAGUUCUCAACUCUGAGCUAGGGAUGGUCAUGCUUGCUACUCAGAGGACUAAUAUAAAGAGCUAUGAUAUUGUGUAUGUCAAAUGCUUAGCAGAGAGACUUGCAAACAAGCACUUAAUAAACAUUUGAUACUGUUAAUCUGGUGCUUGCCAAAGUGUUUCUACUUAAUAGUUGUACUUGAGAUGGGUAUGUGUCAGCCACAUUGUGAAAGCUGUUAAUUUGCUUUCCCACAGUAUGUCUCCAGACCUUAUGCAUUGAAGCUCUCUUGAACGGACAAUUAAUUCCACACUAUUCUAGAAGCAUUUGCUUUUUAUACCAGUUUCAAAAUUAAAUAUUCAUUAUAAUUAUCAUCUGUUUUGUGAGAUAGGUAAUACUGACAUAGGCAGUAAAAUGUCUCCCUCCUCUGUCCAUCAGCCACCACUAUCACCACCCUGGAGGCCCCUAAUGUCAUCUGGUUUCCUGUUUUUGCUUCCA